AUUCAAUGUGAUCGUACAAAGGAUAGCAGCAUAAAAAGACGUAGUGUGGUGACCUGUGGAAUAAAUAGAUUUCAUACCGAAAAGAGAAUAAAUUGAGCUGCAGGGGCAUAUUGCGUUAGUUCGUUCACGUGUGCGGAUUACGCUGUUCGAUAAGAACAAGUUCUGAUAGAAAGCUGAACUUCGUUUGGACUAAACCCACCGAAAGAGUGAUAAAUCAAAGGUUCCGUCGAAGUAGAGAGAGUGCUUUCCGGGAUAUUGCAGUGGAAACCCAUCGAGUGGAAUAAUUCUUUGCUCUGCAAUUUUUCCGCCUUGAUCAUGGUAUCGGAUACUGAGGGAGCUUCGGCAUGCCCGUCAAAAUCUUCCGGCGAGUUGGAAGUUCACGGUGGGAUCUGUCCGGUGUGCAAUCAGCCGGCGAAAAAACGCUGCUCCGGCUGUAGUGCCGCAUACUAUUGCAGCGUCGAGCAUCAAAGGCAGGACUGGAAGAACCAUAAAAAUGUUUGCCAUCCAUUCAAAAUUUGUAGUGACGAGCGCUACGGAAGGUAUAUGAUGGCAACAAAGGAUAUCAAAGCCGGCGACGUCGUAUUGAAGGAAUCACCGCUUGUCUAUGGCCCAGCGCAAAUUACGAAACCGGUCUGCGUGGGAUGCUUACAGGGCCUUACGGAGAAUCAAUUUUUGGAGUGCGAAAGAUGCGGCUGGCCGGUCUGCAAGCGAGAAUGCCAGGACCAUCCCAGCCAUAAAGCUGAAUGCAAAUUUACCAUCGCUCGAGGAAGCAAGAUGCAGCUGCGACACUUCUAUAACCCACAUCCGGUCUAUCAGUGUUUGAUUCCGCUGCGUUGUCUGCUGCUGGCCGAGCGCGAUCCUGCCAAAUGGCAAGCAUUAAUCAAAUUAGAAUCGCACGAAGAACAGCGUCGUGGUUCGGAACAGUGGCGCAACGAUCGGGAAGGUGUAGCCAGGCUGAUUCCACGGUUCUUCAAGUGUGAAAACAAAUGGAGCGAGGAUGAAAUAUUGAAAAUAGUUGGAAUACUGCAAGUUAACGGUCACGAAGUGCCAUUGACGGAGCCACCAUCCGUUGCCAUCUACAAUAAUGCCUCGAUGUUGGAACACUCCUGUCGUCCAAAUUUGUCAAAAAGUUUUACCUCCAAGAAGGAGAUUGUCUUCUGGGCUCCGAACCCCAUCAAGCAAGGUGAAAGAUUAAGCAUUUCCUACUCGGACGUUUUGUGGGGAACGGCCAACCGUCAAGAUCAUCUCCAGCAGACCAAACUUUUCCGUUGCACCUGUGUUCGUUGCCUUGACCCAACCGAGUUUGGAACUUAUUUGAGUGCUCUGAAAUGCUCCGGCUUCAAAAAGGAUUCCAACUGCUCGGGUAUGCUGCUUCCGGAAAACUUGAAGAACUGGUAUGGAGGCUACAUUUGCAACAAAUGUCGAGGACUUGUAGAUGGCAAAGAGAUAACAAACAUCCUGGACCGCGCUCGUGUAGACCAUGAAGCUAUGCAAAAGGAUAAUGAGCAGCACUGCCACAAGUACAUCGCACAUUAUGGACGCUGGCUUGGACCGAAUCACUAUCUGCUGGUGGAUGUCAAAAUUUCACUAUCGCAGAUUAUGGGUGGAGGCGACCCGAAUGCAAUUCAGAAAAUUUCUGACGAAGAUUUGAUGACCAAAAUGAAAAUCUGCCAGGAACUUAUCGACGUGUUCCAGAGGGUUUGUCCUGCCGAAGCCCGUGUCAUCGGAACCACUCGUUUUGAAUUGCAUGCCGCUCUGGCAGAGUUUGCACGCCGUGGAGUCGAGUCGAUGAAUUCAGCCGUUAGGAGUGCCCUCGAGGACUCCCUGUAUAAUGCCGAAGAGUGCGUCCGAAUGCUUUCACAUGAGCCGGAUGAUUUGCCGGAGAGUAAAAUAUGCGAACAGGCAAGAAUAAAUGUGAGCUCGCUUAGAGUGCUGCUCGGUUUGCAGGAAGGAUAGUUUUAAAUGAUCGUCUAUAAGUUUGAAAAGACACGACGAACUGUUUGCCGCAUGCUAGAUAAUUGUGCUUUUAAGUUGCUUUAUUAAUUUGCACAUAAUACAUUGUUUUCAUUGAAAAA